AAAAUUUGCUUAAUUGUCUGUCGGUAAUUAUUUGCUUUAUUUUAUCCUCAAAACUCAACCACCAGAACCAGAAGAGACUCGAGCAAACACUACUACUACUACACAUUUUGUUUGUAUAUAGACAUGUAAAUCAAGAAUCAACUUCUCUGAUCCGAUCUCUGCUACACAGACGGUAUCCUUGUUUAUCUACAGAUCUUUAGCUCUCUCUUUUUCUUUUCUCCCUUUUGUUUAGCAAUCAAUUCUUUUGGUGGAUCGAGGAGGUUCAGUUGUAUAUGUAUUGGGAUCGAAACUAGCUUUCAUUUGAUGGUUUUGGUGCUCUGUUGAGUCCAGAAUGUGGAUCUUGUGAAAUCGAUAGGACUUUGAAUCGGUGGUUUAACCAUUCAGUGUACCGCAGUUGACUCAAGAAAGGAGGAGCAGUUGAUGAGGUGAAGGUUGAGAGAUACAACCAUUUAGGCUUUGAUUUGUGAUAUUGAGAUGGGGUGCCAAUGCUCCAAGCUCACGCCAUGCUGCUGGAAUUCUCAGUUCAAGGCAGCUGUUCUCGAAGCUCCUGAUGCUGAGAAUGAGGAGAAGAGUGAGGUUGAUAACUUGCCUACAUUUCAUGAAUUCACAUUUGAACAGCUUAAAAAUGCAACUUCCGGGUUUGUAGUAGAGAACAUUGUAUCUGAGCAUGGAGAGAAGGCUCCAAAUGUUGUUUACAAAGGAAAGCUGGAGAAUCAGAUGAGAAUUGCUGUUAAGCGCUUUAAUAGAGUGGCCUGGCCUGAUGCACGACAAUUUUUGGAGGAAGCAAGAACUGUGGGACAGCUGCGCCACAACAGAUUGGCGAAUUUGCUUGGUUGUUGUUUUGAAGGUGAUGAGAGGUUGCUUGUGGCAGAAUAUAUGCCCAAUGAGACACUUGCAAAGCACCUUUUUCAUUGGGAAACACAACCAAUGAAAUGGGCAAUGCGAUUAAGGGUCGUUCUACAUCUUGCACAAGCUCUAGAAUACUGCACAAGCAAAGGCCGUGCUCUUUAUCAUGAUCUUAAUGCUUAUAGAAUUUUAUUUGAUGAGGAUAGUAAUCCAAGACUUUCAACCUUUGGCUUGAUGAAAAAUAGCAGGGAUGGAAAAAGUUAUAGUACAAAUCUGGCAUUUACUCCUCCUGAAUAUUUAAGAACGGGUCGUGUGACUCCAGAAAGUGUAAUAUAUAGCUUUGGCACUCUUUUGCUUGACCUCCUGAGUGGGAAGCACAUCCCUCCAAGUCAUGCACUCGACCUGAUAAGGGACAGGAAUCUCCAGAGUCUUACAGAUUCUUGCUUGGAGGGACAGUUCUCCGAGAAUGAUGGGACUGAGUUAGUACGUUUAGCUUCUCGAUGCCUACAGUAUGAACCUCGAGAAAGACCAAAUCCCAAAGCAUUAGUGGCUGCUUUGACUCCUCUUCAGAAGGAAACUGAGGUUCCUUCACAUGUCUUGAUGGGUGUCCCUCACGGUACCUCUGUCUCUCCUUUGUCUCCACUUGGUGAGGCUUGCUCAAGAAGGGACUUGACUGCUAUACAUGAGAUUUUAGAGGACAUUGGCUAUAAAGAUGAUGGAGUGACAAAUGAGCUCUCCUUCCAAAUGUGGACUGACGAAAUGCAGGACACAUUGAAUUUAAAGAAAAAGGGUGACUCUGCUUUCAAGCAGAAAGAUUUCGGAGCUGCAAUUGAGUUGUACACUCAGUUCAUUGAUGUUGGAACCAUGGUAUCUCCAACAGUCCAUGCACGCCGUAGUUUGUCUUAUCUCAUGAGUGAUAUGCCUCAAGAAGCCCUAGGUGAUGCAAUGCAAGCCCAAAUUAUAUCUCCUGUAUGGCACAUUGCAUCUUAUCUUCAGGCUGUCUCCCUUGCUGUACUUGGAAUGGAUAAUGAAGCACAAGUAGCACUCAAAGAUGGAACAACUCUAGAGGCUGAGAAGAAAACUUCAAAUGCGGGACAAAAGUAACAAGUGUGCUGACUUAUGUGACACAUCUCUGCUUCCCAGUUCUUGUUCUCCAUUGAUGAAUUUGACCAGUGGCAAGGCUUGCUACAACCAUUCAAAAUCACAUAGUCCAGCCACAGAUUACCUAAUCCUUUCAACUCAUUGAGCAUUUUUAGCCAAAACAAUAUUCCGAUGCGUUGUGCUGGCUUUUGGCCUUUGUUUUUUUUCUGGGGUAUGUGAGAAGUUUAAUUCUUUUGAAAUUUGAUCAAUUGUGAAUUUUGGAAUCUGUGGUUUCUCCUGCUAUUUCACAUUGUAAACAACAAGCUCAUGAUUUAUGAAGUUCCAGAUAUAGAGACUAUGAAAGUCGAUGGGAGAACGGAAAAAUUUACCUAUUCAAGCUCAAGUUAUGUAUAGAUAUACUACGCCUGGUUUGUUCCUGC